AUGAGCCGGCAGUUCAGUUCCAGAUCCUUUUCGACAGGUGGAAGGGGCUACUCUGUCUCUGGCAGUGGCUUCCGAGUGGGCAGCAGCUCGACUUCGGUCCUUCCAGGGGGAGUUUACACAGGUGGCUUUGGCAGCAGAAGUCUCUACAGCCUCGGGGGAAGCAAGCGGAUAUCCCUGGGCCUAACUUCUGCUGGUUCCCGAGCAGGCUUUGGCGGUGGUGCUGGCUUUGGCGGUGGUGUUGCCCUGGGCAGUGGCGUUGGCCUGGGCGGUCCUCUUGGUGGUGGUGGAUAUGCCUUCCCAGGCCCAGCACCUGGGCGAAUACACAAUGUCAUUGUCAACAAGAACCUCCUGGCUCCUCUGAACAUGGAAAUUGAUCCUGAGAUCCAAAGGGUUCGGGUGCAAGAGAGGGAACAGAUCAAGACCCUCAACAACAAGUUUGCCUCUUUCAUUGACAAGGUGCGAUUUCUUGAGCAACAGAACAAAGUGCUGGAGACCAAGUGGGACCUGCUGUGCCAGCAGGGCAGCCCAGCUCUGAGAGACAACAUAGAACCCCUCUUCGAGGUCUACAUUGAAAACCUCCGGAAGCAGCUUGAGAGCCUCAUCGGUGAUAAAAAUCACCUGGACGUUGAAUUGAAGAACACGCAACAGCUUGUGGAGGAUUUCAAGAACAAAUAUGAGGAUGAAAUUAACAAACGUACAGCUUGUGAGAAUGACUUCGUGGUGCUCAAGAAGGAUGUUGAUGGCUCCUACAUGCACAAGAUAGACUUGGGAUCCAAGGUUGAUUCUUUGAUACAGCACAUCCAGUUCUUAAAAACACUCUUUGAGGAGGAAAUAGCUCAGGUCCAGUCGCAGGUUCAGGAGACCAAUGUUAUCCUACAAAUGGACAACAACCGAAGCCUGAACCUGGAAAGCAUCAUUGAAGAAGUCAGAGCUCAGUAUGAAGAAAUUGCCAGAAGGAGCAGGGCCGAGGCCGACACCUGGUACCAAAGCAAGUUCGAGGAACUGCAGACAACAGCUUACAAACACGGCAAUGAAUUGAAAUCCACGAAAGAUGAGAUUGCAGAAAUGAGCCGGGUUGUCCAAAGACUUCGCUCUGAAAUUGAAAUAGUGAAGAAAGCGGUCAACGGCCUGCACUCUUCCAUCGCAGAAUGUGAGCAACGUGGGGAACUGGCCCUCAAAGACGCGCAGACGAAGCUGCUUGACCUGCAGACGGCCCUCGCCAAAUCCAAGGACGAGCUGGCUCGCCUGCUGCGGGACUACCAGGAGCUGUUGAAUUUGAAGCUGUCCUUAGACGUGGAGAUCGCCACCUACAAAACCCUGUUAGAGGGAGAGGAGAUCAGGAUGUCAAGCGAUUUCACAACACCGGUCAACAUCUCUGUGGUCAGCAGUUCCAGCACCAUCAGUGGAGGAGGAGGAGGCUCUGCGGGAUACGGCCUUGGAGGGGGAAGUGGAUAUGGCAUCGGAGGGGGAAGCACCUUGAGUGUCGGCGGAGGAGGUGGAGGUAGCUAUGGACACAGCCACAUCAGUGGUGGAGGAGGACGAGUGAGCCGGUUUAGCAGUGGAGGCAGCCUGAGCGGUUCUGGAAGCAUCACUGGUGGCGGGUAUAGCUAUGGAGGGGGUGGCUCCAGUGUGAAGGUCGUGUCAUCCACAAGCUCCUUGAGCAAAAGAAUAAGCACCUAA